CGCUCGUCGCUCAGACUUGCUCAGCCCGACUCUAGUCACAUACAUGGAGAAGACACAGACCGAACGCUUGGAGGAGAUACCGGAGCUUGACAAACAAGAGUCAGGAUGGUCUAUAGCGCGGCUCUGCUCUUAGGACCCGGACCCGGAGCGGCCGUGUGCUCGGACGAACACAGCGUCGUCGGAGAGAUGAUGGGGAAGUAUUUCCUCCAGCUGCUCACCUCCCCGGGCCGAAAGACGAGCUCCGCCCGGCGGGGCAGCGUCGAGAGCUGCGACGAGAGCGAUAGCUACUCGCCUUCUUUUUCCAACAUGGACGCUGGUUUGGAGCACGUAGAGCAGCUGCUGCAGCAGGAUGUGACCCGGCGCAUAGAGCGCUGUCUGACAGAGGCCAAAGCUUCCACCCUCCACUGCCAGAUGCUGCUGCUGCCUCGCCAGAUGUUGGCCAAGGUCGGCCAAGACGUGGUGCGCUCCUCUGCCGAUGAACCCUGCGGGCUCCGGGGCGCCUCCAUCACCAUCCACGUGGAUGGCAAAGAUGGCCUGAAGUCCGUGGGCAGCAUCUUCCUAGACCAAAGGGUCACCCCGACAUUUGAACUGUCCGUGAUCUUCAAGGCAGACAAGGACGACGGCUGGCCGCCGAUCAAGCACAUCUUCGAUAGCAACAAAGUGUUGAAGUUGAGACCAGAGUACCGGCUGGUGAAGAGGAAGCUCUACUCCUCAGCCAGCCCUGUCGUUCAUGAUUUCAACUAGAGGGGGGUGGGGGGGCGGUUAAGAAUGUUAACUCCCCGUUUCACUGUUCACCUCUGUGUGUGUGAAAUGUCAGGCUACGUGCACAUUUUUUGGUCUGGAAGGAACUACAAAAUGCUGAUUGUUCUUUAUUCAUGUAUGAAUGUCUAACGCAGGGACCUAACUGCUUGUUUUCUACACUCUGUGGCUGACAUGACGUCAGUGGUUUGCACAGACUGGUUGAAUGUUAAAGUGUUCACUGUAAACCAAAAAAAAUUCCUUCCAGGAUUGGGCAGGUCUACCUCCUGAAGUGUGCUGUACUGUUAUUUAUGCAAUUGUUAAAUACAUUAUUUUUUUACACUA